AUGGAGGAGCCGUGGAAGUGUGGGGACUAUGGGAUGGGAUUCAUUUACCCAUCCCAACUAGAAAUUCACCAGUGGGUGCACACCAAGGAGAAGCCGUUCAUCUAUUCCGUGUGGGGAAAUUCAUCCCACCUGUUAACACACCAACAAAUUCACAUCGAGGUGAUGCUGUACGCCUGCACAGAGUGUGGGAAAGGAUUCCCCAAGUCAUCUAAGCUGAAGGCACAUCACCAAGGUCACACAAGUAUGGAGCAGCCCGUGAGAUGCACCCAUUCACAGAGCCUCCUACGACAUGAGCAGGUUCACACUGGGAGAAGGGCAUACUCCUGUGCCAGGGGUGGGAAGGGAUUCAACCAGUCAUCUGACUUGCUGAGACACCAGCAAGUUCACACUGGAGACAAGCCGUUCACAUACUCCAUGUGA